AGCGUACAGGGCAGUACAGAAAAGAGUGAGCAAACUACUACACUUACGAAGGCCUGUAUACAUAAAAAGCAUUGUAUAGACAAAUAAAACCAGAGCUCAGAUUGCAUCGAUAAACUUGGCUGAAGACUUUAUCUGAUUAGCGACUACAAACACGCAGAGAAAGAUGACCCAGGACUCAUCUGCAUUAAGAGAGGAAGGGAACAGUCAUUUUAAAGCAGGUGAUGUGCAACAAGCUCUCAGCUGCUACACUAAAGCUCUGAAGAUCAGCGACUGUCAGUCCCAGAGUGCAAUUCUGUACCGCAACCGUUCAGCAUGUUAUCUCAAAUUGGAAGACUAUGCCAAAGCAGAGGCAGAUGCCAGCAAAGCCCUGGAUGUAGACCAAGGUGAUGUUAAGUCCCGGUUCCGUCGAGCACAGGCUCUAGAGAAGCUUGGACAGCUGGAACAAGCUUUUUUAGAUGCCCAGAAAUGUGCACAGUUGGAGCCCAAGAAUAAAGCUUUCCAGGAUCUCCUCAGACAGCUAGGAGCACAGAUCCAGCAGAAGGCAGCCCAGUUCUCCUCCACAGACUCACGAGUUCAACAGAUGUUCAAACUACUUUUGGACAGCUCAGCACAGACUUCAGACAGACAGAAGGCUGCUCAGAAUCUGGUGGUGCUCUCACGGGAGGAUGCUGGUGCUGAGCAGAUCUUCAGGAAUGAUGGGGUCAAACUCCUUCAGAAACUCCUGGAGUCUCAGGAGGAGGAACUGGUUCUCUCCGCUCUCAGAACUCUGGUUGGCCUGUGUACUGGACACCAAUCAAGGACAAUGGCCAUUGUGAACGAGCUCGGCAUGGACAGCUUGUGUGGCGUCAUGGGUUCUUCUGCCUCUGCCGUGUCUCUAUCUGCAUGUCACCUGCUUCAAGUGAUGUUUGAGGCUCUCACAGAGGGCAUGAAGAAAGAGAUCAGAGGAAAAGAUGAGGCUAUACUGCCAGAACCCUCCCGUGAGCUGCGCUCCAUGUUGCGACAUCUCAUUGACAUGCUGCCUGCAACAAGUGUGUCUGGAUCUGGACGUGACAGUGCCAUCAACCUGCUGGUCAAACAGGUGCCACGAAAAUCUCUGAAAAACCCAGACAACUCGCUCACCCUGUGGGUUAUCGACCAAGGUAUUAAGAAGAUUCUAGAAGUAGCAGGAACUGUUCCUGAGUUUGGGAAUGGGCCGCCGCUCACAGACAACACUCCCAUGAGCUGCUCCGUUCUACUUAAUAAGCUCUACGACGACCUGAGGAGUGAAAAAGAGAGAGAGAACUUCAGCAAACUCUGCGAGGAAUAUGUUCAGCAUCAUUUUGGCAGCUCUAGUAUGGAGAGUAAACUGCGUGCGAUACAGACCGUGUCAGUCCUGCUGCAGGGUCCCAGUGAUGUGGGGAAUCUAACCCUGGAACUGAGCGGUAUCAUGGAGGCCGUCAUCUCCCUUUGCGCCUCUGAAAACAUCUCCCACCAGCAGGUGGCAGUAGAGGCGCUCAUUCACGCUGCGGGUAAAGCAAAGAGAGCGUCGUUCAUCACAGCCAAUGGCGUUGCUCUGCUCAAAGACCUUUACAAGAAAAGCGAAAACGACCGAAUACGUGUGCGAGCACUGGUGGGGUUGUGCAAACUUGGCUCUGCUGGAGGCACCGAUUUCAGCAUGAAGCAGUUUGCCGAAGGUUCAACACUCAAACUCGCCAAGCAGUGCAGGAAGUGGCUUUGCAAUGAAUCUCUGCCCCCAACAUCACGCCGCUGGGCCAUCGAGGGUCUGGCAUACCUCACGCUGGACGCAGAUGUGAAAGAGGACCUGGUGGAGGACAAGAAAGCCCUUCAGGCCAUGUUUGAGUUGGCAAAGUCUGAGGAUAAAACCGUGUUAUUUGCCAUCGGAUCCACGCUGGUCAACUGCACCAACAGCUAUGAAAUCGAGAAGCCUGACCCCCAGAUGGUGGAACUUGCUAAAUAUGCGAAACAGCACGUACCUGAGGAGCAUCCAAAGGAUGCACAGUCAUUUGUCGAGAAGAGGGUUGUGAAACUCUUGGAAGCUGGAGUGGUGUCAGCAUUGGUGUGUAUGGUGAAACAGGAGAGUCCCACCCUCACGGAAGCCUGCAGAGAGUGUAUUGCCAGGGUGAUGUUGGCGCUGGUGGUGAGACAUGAGGACAGGGGUUUAGUUGUUGCACAAGGUGGUGGAAAGGCCUUGUUACCGCUAGUUUCCGAGAGCACAGAUAUGGGCAAAAUAAAAGCAGCGCAAGCUCUGGCCAAGAUCACCAUCACCUCCAAUCCUGAGAUCGCCUUCCCAGGCGAGAGGGUGUAUGAGGUGGUGAGACCAUUGGUUAGUCUGUUGGCACUUGACUGCACAAUGCUGCAGAACUUUGAGGCUCUGAUGGCACUUACCAACCUGGCUGGCAUCAGUGAGAGACUCAGGCAGAAGAUCAUCAAGGAGAAAGCCGUGCCUAAAAUAGAGGGCUACAUGUUUGAGGAGCAUGAAAUGGUUCGUGCUGCAGCCACCGAAUGUAUGUGUAAUCUGGCCUUAAGCACUGAGGUGCAGAAGCUAUAUCAGGCUACAGAGAGUGACCGGCUCAAGUUGUUGGUGCUUUAUAGCGGAGAAGAUGAUGAGCGAUUGAGGAAGGCAGCAUCAGGCACGUUGGCUGUGUUGACAGGAGAUAGUCCAGAACUAUGUUUGCGUAUACCCGGAACAACAAGUCACUGGCUUGAGAUCUUCCAGGCUUUGUUGCUCAGUGAGAGUCAGGACCUGCGGCAUCGUGGCGUGGUGAUAAUAAUGAACCUAAUGCAGGCUGAUAAGAGCCUUGCAGAGAAGUUGAUUGAGAGCGAGGCACUGGAGAUCCUUUCUGUAUUGACUACAGGAGAUGACCCCAUCCAGGCCUCCAUCCGCAAAGCCGCCCAGCGCUGCUUGGAUCUGGCUAUGGAGUAUGGCCUCAUCCGUAGCAAUGAGGGAGGAACUAACGGAAAUUCCGAAGAAUAAUCUGAAGUCUGCUUCUCUUGCAGGGAUCAGCUGUUGAGUUAUAGCAAUAUAUCAAUGUGAUGCAAUCUAAAGCUUUUUUCCACACAGUCGUUUGGAGCUUUAUAUUCACUAUGGAUAAAAACAGCAUACAUUUCACACUGUCCAAAGAGACCAAAUAUUGCGUUCAUUCACUUCCAUUCCAUUUCUUGCACUCAAACAAUUUAUUUUAUGUGUGCAUUCCAAUAUAUUAUAAAAUUAUUCCUCUUAAAUGCAUUGGCCCUCAUGUUUGUUAAGGGCACACAUGAAAAAAAAAUUAUCUUAUGUUAUUUAUGCAUUGACACAAUUGUUUGAUAUCACCUCAAUAUUUAAAGUCUUUAAUUACUGAAUGUGAAAUGAUGUAUUCUGGUUUUAUAUAAACACUACU